UAUUUUGAUUAUUGUUGUAGGUUUCGUUCAGACAGCUUUGAACAGACAGUCUCAGCCCUAUCUGCUGCAUUAGCCUUGGACCUUGAACCUAGAGAAAUAUGGACUAUUUUCAUAACAUUGUAUAUCAGACAAAAUAGAACAUUUCCCUCCAUUUAAGCCAUGCUUAUUACCCCUCACAUCAGUGCUCAUUGGCUAUUACCAGCAGUAAUUCCUGCUCUCUUAUUCCCCACUCCUCAUAAAAGUAAGAUUUGGGUAUUUCCUGAAGAAAGAGGAAGACAGAAAAAUUGCCUCUUCUCGACAUUUUGGGCUUUAUAUCUCUGUUUCAGUCUGUAUCAUCUCUUGCAAAGGACAAGAAACAAGUACUCAGCAGUUUCUUUACAAGGCAGCACUAAAUUUUCUAAUUUUUAUUUCUAUUUUUUUUUCUUUUUUUCCUGACUGGGGCUAUCAAAGAAUAUAGCCAUCAAUUCACUAUCCAUACCUAAGACCUAAAUUAAACAACAGAAAAUGGCUCUAAAUAUACCAGGAUUGGUAUCUUUGAGUGUUUUUUUUACAUUCACUUUAGCUGCUGGAAUUUGGGCUUCAUGGAAAAGUAGAAAGGAGCAGCAGAACCGAAACCCAACUGAAAUGGCCAUCGUUGGAGGCAGGAAUAUAAAUGCUUGCAUUGGAUUGUUUACUGCAACUGCCACCUGGGUUGGAGGAGCAUACAUCAAUGGCACAGCUGAAAUUGUCUACCUGCCUUCCAAAGGACUGCUGUGGGUCCAAGCACCUGUGGGGUUUGCCUUGUCCCUUGUUAUUGGUGGUUUCUUCUUUGUAAAUCCAAUGAGAUCCAAGAAUUACGUGACAGUGAUGGAUCCCCUUCAGGAAGCAUAUGGGAACACGAUGGGAAGCUUACUCUUUAUUCCUCCACUGCUUGGAGAGGUGUUCUGGUUUGCAGCUAUCCUGGCGUCUCUGGGAGCAACAAUGAGGGUCAUCUUGGAUAUUGGAGGCUCUUUAGCUAUCACCCUCUCAGCGUGCACGGUCAUACUCUACACUCUACUGGGAGGCCUCUACUCUGUUGCAUACACAGAUGUCAUCCAGUUGGUUUUCGUUACAUUCAGCCUGGCAAGUCCUGAGCAUUUCUUUGAUACCAGUUUCCUAACCAAGGGACAAAAUCUUUCUCAUUUCAGUGUGUCUCCAUUAUUGAUCUGUAUUCCCUUUGCCCUGAUCAACUCUGCAACAGAAAGUAUUUACUACACUGCAACUCAUAAACAUUACCAAGAUCCUUGGAUUGGAAAAAUAGAAAAAAAGUACCUUGGAAGGUGGCUGGAUGACUUCUUCUACCUGGUGCUUGGGAGCAUCCCAUGGCAAACUUUCUUCCAAAGAGUGCUCUCCGUUGCCUCACCCAGCCAGGCAAGGUUCAUCUCCUACCUCUCUGGACUAGGAUGCUUUUUAAUGGCCAUCCCCUCCGUGCUCAUUGGUGCAGUUGCAGCAUCAACAGACUGGAACCAGACAAGCUAUGGACUUCCGAGUCCACUUGAGAGAGGAGAAUCUGCUAUGAUACUGCCAUUUGUUUUACACUACCUCUGCCCAGCAUACAUCUCCAUUGCUGGAUUGGGAGCCAUCGCCGCUGCUGCAAUGUCUUCUGCGGACUCAGCACUUCUCUCUGCUGGCUCCAUGUUUGCUCACAAUAUCUACAGAAAAAUCCUGAGGAAAAAGGCUACAGAGAGGGAGGUGUUAUGGGCCAUGAGGAUCUCCAUGCUGAUGUUUGGGGCUGGGGCUGCCAGUCUGGCUUUUUACUCCAACUCUGUCUAUGACCUCUGGUUCCUCAGCGGAGAGCUGGUGUAUGCCCUGCUCUUCCCCCAGCUGUGUUGUGCCCUCUUUAUUCCCAGCAGCAACACCUACGGCUCAGCUGCUGGUUUCUUGGUUGGACUCCUCCUGCGGCUGCUGGCAGGGGAACCUGCCCUGAAAAUCCCCCCCAUCGUCUGCUACCCAGCCUGCUCCCUCCUGAACGGGUCCUACAUGCAGCUCGUCCCCUAUAAGACAUUCACCAUGCUUCUCACCUUGGGGACAAUCAUUGCUGUUUCAUAUCUGGCUACAGUUUUGUUUCAGAGAAACCUUCUUCCCCGCAAGUGGGAUGUUUGCAAUGUCCUGGGGGAAACCAGCACCCACACCCCCCUGCGGCAGAUGGACAAACAGAUGGGUUUGCAAACAGUGCCACUGGAAGAGAAUCAUGAUUAA